UUGGCAGAAAACAAUGGGGAGCAAAACUUUCCACACUUCACUGCACUCAUUUUUUCUAUUUUUAGCCUUAUCUUCUUCUCCCUUCUCCAAGGUUCAUGACCAAAGCCAAUGAUAAACUUGACUUGAAAGAUUCUAUGUUUGCCAGACUAUAUAUAUAUGUAUAUAUAUAUAGAUAGUGAAAUUGCAGUGAUUACAUAAUACUGUCUUACUUUGUUUAGAUCAAUGAAAUUGAUUGACAAAUUUAUUGGUUGACUCAAGAAUUAAAUACAUUAACUUAAUUAGAUUUUUAAAAACACUGUUAAAAAUUUCAUAAAAAUUAAGUCAAACAGGGUUCUAUUAGUUUCGACACAGGCCUCGAUUUCGAGGCCGGGCUGGCUCUGGUCAUGGCUGUUCUCGUUGACGUUAGGCUGAUGCUCAGCCCAAUAGCCAAGUAUCAGAUUGGGCUAAUUGGGGUGAUCGUGAAUUUUAACUCAAGCAUCACUUUGCCGCCGCUGCUGCUUCUGCGUCCCUGCUCGUCCAGUUGUGCUUUCCCUGAUCUCUUCUCUGCUCUUCGUUAGGGUUUUUCUCAUCUCUUUCUCAGCUCUUGUUUCUCUCUCCUUCAAAAUGACCAAGUUUAGAAAGCUUAAUCGACCCACCGGUCAUCGACAAUGGUCUCACAGCUGGUGAAACACGAGCGUAUCGAAACGACUGUUGCAAAGGCAAAAGAAAUUCGAAGACUUGCAGAUAAUAUGGUACAGCUGGGUAAAGAGGGUACCCUCUGUGCUGCAAGGCGUGCUGCUGCCUUUGUGCGGGGAGAUGAUGUCAUUCACAAGCUCUUCACUGAAUUGGCUUAUCGAUACAAAGAUAGAGCUGGUGGAUAUACAAGAUUGCUCCGGACUCGGAUACGAGUUGGUGAUGCUGCCCCAAUGGCCUAUAUUGAGUUCAUUGACAGAGAAAAUGAGCUUAGACAGUCAAAACCACCGACACCUCAACCUCCACAAAGACCUGCCUUGGAUCCCUGGACGAAGUCCCGGCUUAGUAAGCAAUUUGCACCGUCUAAGGAGGUAAAGAGCAGCUCUGAGACUGAGACAUGAUACAGACGGUUGGAACCAUUGCUACAAGAUUUUGGGUUAAUUAUUUUUAAUCCCAUGUUCUGCAUUUCUUUUUAUACUGAAUGAAUUAAAUGUAACGGAAGAGAGAGUGAAUUUGCUAGAGAAGUAAAUAAAUGAUGUUGUUUUUGGAAUAUGCCCAUAUAUAUAUAUAUUCUGUUUUCA